UGGAGACGUGGGGACGUGGGGACGUGGGCCCGGGCGGGGGCGGCACCUGGGCUAACUCUGUCCCGCUUGCUUCCCGCAUGCCCCCUCCUUGGCCUCGAGUGGCGAUGGGCUGUUUUUCCAUUAACCUCGGAUUCCUUUCUCCUUUGACCUCUGACCCUCGGUUUUGCCUCUUGUUCCAUGGCCCUCCUUAGUCCAUGAAGUUCAUGAACCAGAAGAGAAGCCGAGACCCAAACUCCCGACUGCUCCUAAGAUCCCAGAAGGGGAGAAAGUAGACUUCGAUGAUAUCCAGAAGAAACGCCAGAACAAGGACCUCAUGGAGCUCCAGGCUCUCAUUGACAGCCACUUCGAGGCCCGGAAGAAGGAGGAGGAGGAGCUGAUAGCUCUCAAGGAGAGAAUCGAGAAGCGUCGUGCGGAGAGAGCUGAGCAGCAGAGGAUUCGCGCGGAGAAGGAGCGGGAGCGCCAGAACCGGCUGGCGGAGGAAAAGGCCAGGCGGGAGGAGGAGGACGCCAAGAGGAGAGCCGAGGACGACCUGAAGAAGAAGAAGGCUCUGUCCUCCAUGGGAGCCAACUAUAGCAGCUACCUGGCCAAGGCCGACCAGAAGAGAGGCAAGAAGCAGACGGCCCGAGAGAUGAAGAAGAAGAUUCUUGCUGAGAGACGGAAGCCGCUGAACAUCGACCACCUCAGCGACGACAAACUGAGGGACAAGGCCAAGGAGCUCUGGGACACCCUGUACAAACUUGAGACCGACAAGUUCGAAUACGGGGAGAAGCUGAAACGCCAGAGAUAUGACAUCACCAACCUCAGGAGCCGCAUCGACCAGGCCCAGAAGCACAGCAAGAAGGCCGGAACCCCGGCCAAAGGCAAGGUCGGUGGGCGCUGGAAGUAAGGGGGCGGAAGAAGCCCCCCGAGGCAGAGACCCUGGGCCCUCACUCCCUCCCAGGCCCACGCGCGGCACUCCUCAUCCUCCAGCCCCUGCGCCGAGGCCCCCUCUGUGGCUCUGUGAGAAUCCUGGGGACGCAGGGGCCAUCCCGGAGUGCCCCCUGCAUCUCUGUCCUCGCUGUCCCUGUCCCCUGGGG